AGGGAUGGCCUCACGUGACAGCAGCAGCACAACACACAAUCACAAGAGGCAGCUCCCUGGACUGGCCAUAAAAGACCAAGAUCUGGGCUGCUCCCAGAGGCUCCUCAGUCAACACCCACCCCGUCUGCCAGCUGCUUCUCCCAAGAACUUGAGCACCAUGAAUCUUGGGGGAUUUUCGCCUCCGGAACCAGCCACCCCCGAAAUUCAAGGCUUUGCUAACCAGGUGAAACCCAAGCUGGAGGAGGCGACGAACCGGACGUUUGCCAAAUACAAGGCCAUUUUGUACCGUCAGCAGGUGGUGGCCGGGAUGAACUACUUUGUCAAG